GUGCUGGAGGUGGGCGCCCACUGGAUCCACGGGCCCUCGCCCGGCAACCCCGUCUUCCAGCUGGCCGCCGAGUUCGGGCUGCUGGGGGAGAAGGAGCUGUCGGAGGAGAACCAGCGGGUGGAGACCGGGGGCCACCUGGGGCUGCCCUCGGUGAGCUACACUGGCUCUGGGGCCAGCGUGAGCCCGCAGCUGGUGGCCGAGGUGACCGGUCUGUACCACGGCCUCGUCGACCGGGCGCGGGAGUUCCUGCCCGCGGCCGGGCCCCCGGCGCCCAGCGUCGGGGCGUUCCUCAGGGAGGGGGUGCGCCAGCACAUGGCCGGCUGGACGGAGGGCCGGGAGACGCAGGCGCUCAAGCUGGCCGUGCUGAGCAGCCUCUUCAACGUGGAGUGCUGCGUGAGCGGCACCCACAGCCUGGACCUGCUGGCCCUCGGCCCCUUCGGCGAGUACACUGUGCUGCCCGGGCUGGACUGCACCUUGGCCGGUGGCCAGGCGGGGCGCGGCGUGGGGGCUUGGGGCGAGCGCAGCCGGCUGUGCGUUCCAGGCUUCCUCAAGGCGCGGCUGGACUCCUUCUUCCGGCCCCCGCUGCCCCCCGGGAAGGCGGACGCGGCCCGCAGACUGGGCUUCGGCACCAACAACAAGAUCUUCCUGGAGUUCGAGGAGCCCUUCUGGGACCCCGGCUGCGAGCACAUCCAGCUGCUGUGGGAGGGCGCCUCGCCCCUGGGGCCCGCGGCCGCGCCGCCGCCGGACGCCUGGGUGCAGCGGCUCAUCGGCUUCCUGGUCCUGCCGUCCUGCAAGUACGGCGGCCCCGCGGCCAUUCCCGGGCUCCUGUGCCGGCUGCCCUGGGCGCCUCAGGCCCCGGGGAACCCGCAGCUCCCCCCGCCCCUGGCCGUGCGGCGGUCCCGCUGGCACAGCGCCCCCUACACCAGGGGCUCCUACAGCUACGUGGCGGUGGGCAGCAGCGGGGAGGACAUCGACCUGCUGGCUCAGCCCCUGCCUCUGGACGGCGAGGAAGCCCAGGCCCAGCUGCAGGUGCUGUUCGCGGGGGAAGCCACGCACCGGACGUUUUACUCCACCACGCACGGGGCGCUGCUGUCCGGCUGGAGGGAGGCCGAUCGGCUCAUCGCGCUGAGGGACCCGCAGGCACAGCCGGCGGCGCCAGGGCGCUGAGCCCCCACCGGCCGCACCCGCGCCGCCUCCCGAGGGGCGGGCUGUCCCUCUGGCUGGGGAGGCUCAGCCCGGCUUCAGGUUUGGGGUGUUGGU